GUCUCUCUAUAAAUACGCUACACCCGCUACCUCCAUCUCCCGAUUCUGCUUAACAGCAAACACACCAAAGCAAAGAAAGAAAGACCUAACCAUGAGUUUCCUAAUAAGCCGUGUUUGGAUGGCAGCGAGUGUCGCCGUCGUUAAUGGCCGCACGGACCACGACCUGAAAUGGAAGUCAGGUCUCACGUCUCUCCACCACAGCAAAAACCGAUUCUCUUCGUCCUCCGCCGUAGCUGGUGGAGAUGCGGCCGAUUUCCGGCCAAUUUCCGGCUUGCUAGGGUCCGAUGUUGGCGAGUUUAUUGAAAAUAGUGGUAGAGAGCAGAGGAGAAAGCAGGCCGAUGAGUCACUCCAGCGAGUGAUGUACUUCAAUUGUUGGGGUCAGGGCUGAGGUGUUAUUGUACCGGCGAGUUUACCGGGAUUUCUUGAUGGUGAAGCUUCAUAAGAGUUUUUUGAGGUGGUGAAAAGUCGCCGCCGGGAAGGAGUGGGUUGAGUUGACUCUGAGAUCGGGAAGAUGAAGUCGGGAGUGGUGAGGGUCGAUGCGGAUUGGGCAAAAAUGAAAUUUUUUGAAAUAAGGAGUCCUCGGAUGUAAAUGUUUGUACGGUUGUUCAAGCUGCUCAUGUAAAUUUUUUGUUCUUUUUUUAACAGUCUCAUGUAAACUUGAACGGAAAUGGAAAUGAUGAUAGCAAAAUUUUAUGUUUCUGCCAUUUUUUAAUUUAUCUGAUAUUAUUUUAGCUGAUAUAUUAUCAGUUAUGAGAGCAAC